CGUGGAUCCGCUAAAUGGCAGCCCGGCCCACUCCCGCCGCGAGGUGGCUGCCUGGAGCAGCUGCUGGGGGGUGCGGCCGCCAUCGGGCCCCUGUGCGCGCGCCUGCGGGGCUCACCCUCCGUGCAGCACUUCCUGGAGGACCUGCAAGUCCAUGCGACUGUUCCUCGUCCCCCAUCCCCGCGGAGCAGGAGGUAAUAGAGCGGCUGGCGUACGGCAGCUCCGCGGGUCCAGGGCCGGGCAGCUGCAGCGGCGGCCGCUACGGCGCCCCCCUCUCCUCCCCCUCCUGCUCCUCGCAUGCGGUCAUGCGGUCGCUGCUGGCGGACUUGGACCGGCUGGGCUGGGGCUGCCUGGAGGAGCUAGACCAGGACGCCGCCCGCCUGACGCUGCUGCACCGCGACAUGCGGGGCUGGGAGCACCACCUGCGCCUCACCCUGCCGCCCGACUACCCCGCCUCGCCGCCCGCAGCAGCCACCGACCUGCCCACACCCCUGGAGUUCAGGUGGCUGCCGCAGCAGGCGCCGCUGCAGCAACAUGCAGCGCAGUGGAGGGCGGGACCGGCUGGCGGUGUUGGAGGCGGAGGAGGUGGAGCGGGUGAAGGAGCGGGCGUGUGCAGCAGCAUAGCGCAUGUGUUUGAGGAGUUCAAGCAGCUCAUCCUCCGCCUGCAGCCCCUCUGGGCCGCCCUGGAGGAGCUCGACCGCCGCACCCGCGUGCUGUCCCCGCCCGCCGCCUGGCGCUAGGGGGGGCCGCCUCGCUGCAGCUGCGGCUGGAGGCGGGCGUGCCGCGGGCGCCGCCGCAGCUGCCGGGCGGUGUCGCGUUCCUGGGCCCGCCGGAGGUCGUGGGGGAGCUGCGGGAGGGCUUCUUCGAGCGGUUGCACUUGUGGAGCGAGGAGAGG